AUGGUCUCUCAAACCUCUCACGAUGUUUGUGACCGAUGCUCGUGGCGGCCUGUGCCUGGCAUUCGAAGAUCUCUACGAGUUCACAAUGCCAGCCACCACCGUCAGGGGUUGGAGAUGAAGCCCAACCAGCCUCCGCACAACCGAGCCAACGGAGCCGGAGUUGGCGAGUCAGUCAAUGGCGGCCUCGAAGGGUUGAAUGAACAGCCUGAGGUCAUCAAUGAGAGCAUUGAGGAAGCCAGCGAUGAGAGCAACCGAAGCACCCCCGAAACAGAGGCGGGUGCUGGCAUGGCUUCUGAUGUUGGCCGCAGCUACCAGAACAACUUCUACAACAGCAUUGUGUACAACAUCAACAUGUAA